GUGAACAGUUGUAAUGGGAAUUUCCGAGCUAUACAGGAGAAGCUGGAAAUGAUCAGCCAGGAGGCUCAGGCAUUGAAACCACAGUGCUUGUCGUUAAAAGAUGAUGUGCAGCAAAGGAAGAAGUCCUACAAUGAAUCUGAGGUCACUUUUAAUCGGUACAAACUGGAAUUCAGACGACUGGAAAGGGAUGCACAGCAGCUGCAGAUGCGCAUUGAAGAGUUGCAGAACAGUGCUGAUAAUACUUCAGAAGAAGAAAAGAUGGAGAGACUGAGACAAAUAGAACUGCUGAAACAUAAUGUGAAGGAACUAAAAGCUCAAGACGUCACAACUACUGAGCAGAUGAGCCAGUUCCAGCAUGCAAUAUACAGGGACAAAGAAGAGCAAAGCAAUCUGCUUAAUAAAGAGCGGGAUCUAAAAUAUGGGAUCGAUAGACUGAAAAGGCAAAUAAAGGAAUUUCAGGACAGCAAAACAGACAGACUGAAGAGAUUUGGACAAAAUAUGCCAUCUCUUUUAGCAGCAAUUGAUGAGGCCUACAGACAGGGUCGUUUCAGGAAAAAACCCAUUGGACCAUUGGGUUCUUGCAUUCGUCUAAAAGACCCACAGCUUGAUCUUGCUGUGGAAAGUUGUCUGAAGUCCCUGCUCCUUGCUUUCUGCUGUGAUGAUAAUCACCAAGAUGAGAGAACUCUGCAAAAUCUGAUGUCAAGGGACUUCCCACAUGGUCAUCGACCAUCGAUCAUUGUAAAUGAGUUCCGAGACCGAGUUUAUGAUGUCUCACAACGUGCCGUUUACCAUCAUAAUUACCCAACCGUGUUCACUGCUUUGGAGAUUGAAAACCCUGUGGUCGCUAACUGCCUGAUUGACAUGAGGGCAAUUGAAACAGUGCUGCUCAUUAAGAAUAAUAGUGAGGCGCGAGAGAUAAUGCAGAAGAGACAACCACCUAGAAACUGUAGAGAAGCUUUUACUGCGGAUGGAGACCAAGUGUUUAAAAACCGCUACUAUUCAUCAGACUAUUUCAGAGCCACAUACCUAAGCCGAGAUGUGGAAGUGGAAAUUGGUCACUUGGAAGGAGAAGUCCAAAAUGUGGCCUCCCAACUAUAUACAAUCCAGCAAAGAGUUCUUUCCUUAAAAAGCGACAUCAAGAAAAAUGAAAACCUUCUACAACAGCACCAUGGCACAAAGAAAAUGAUACAGGACCAGCUCAGAAAAGCUAAUGCUCGUAUAACAGAUCUGGAAAGUGUAGAGGAGCCACCAUCUAUUGAUAUUUCAACAUUGGAAAAUGAAUUGCAGGAAGACAAGAGAAAAAUUGAUCUGGUGAGAUUUGAGAUGGAGAAGGAGCAGAAGAACAUGGAACACCUAAAAUCUCUGUUUGUGACUUCUGAGUUUCAGUAUGAGAACGUAAAAAAGAAAAUCAGUUCUGUGUCUGAGUUGGCAGAUCCAGUAAAGGAAGAACUCCAUAAAGCGGAGCUGGAGGUAGAUAAUUGUAAGCGUCAUAAAAAGCAUUAUGAGGAAAAGCUCCGCCAGCAUUUACAGGGAAUAGAGAAAAGCAAGCGUGAAUUGAAGGCCAAAGAAAGCGACUUGGAGGGUAAAAUCUCUCAAGCAAAGCAGAUUUAUCCUGAGAGGAUUGAAGUCACUCGAAGUGCUAAAAGUCUGGAUGCAGAAAUUAACAAGCUAAAAGCAAAGAUCAACUCGGAACGCGAACUUCAUGGAAAUCGAGAAGUGAUUAUAAAAGAAUACCAUGCCUCUAAAGAGAAAUAUCAGGAAAUGGAUAGUAAAGUUAAAAAUCUUAAGAAGUUUGUUAAACUGUUGGAAGACAUUAUGACACUGCGUUAUAAGAUGUACCAGCAAUUCCUCAGGUAUCUCAGUUUGCGAUGCAAGUUUUACUUUGACUCCUUACUCUCCCAGCGAGCCUACUCCGGGAAGAUCUCAUUUGACCACAAGAAUGAGACACUCUCUAUUACCGUCCAGCCUGGGGAAGGAAAUAAGGCUUCAUUAUCUGACAUGAGGUCUCUCUCUGGAGGGGAACGAUCAUUCUCAACUGUUUGUUUUGUUCUAUCUCUAUGGUCAAUUGCUGAAUCACCUUUCCGGUGUCUGGAUGAAUUUGAUGUAUACAUGGACAUGGUGAAUAGGCGGAUAUCAAUGGAUAUGAUACUUACCAUGGCAGAUUCUCAGAGGUUUCGCCAGUUCAUUCUUUUAACCCCUCAGCAUAUGAGCUCCCUCCCAUCCAGCAAUCUCAUCCGAAUUCUUCGAAUGCAAGAUCCUGAACGAGGACAAACCACAUUGCCUUUUUUGCCAAGAAGCCAGCAAGAUGAAGAAACAGAAGAUUAA